CGUGUAAGAUCUGAAAAAUCGCAAAAUACUGUUUUUAUACUGUGCUCCGAAUCAUCUCGGCACCACUAGCUGAGUGGCGGGAAGGAAGGGUGGACCGAUAAUACAAAAAGUGAGCCAAGAUGUUGAAAGGAUGGAGGCUUACGUUAUCAAAAUUUUUCAUAAUACCCCAGCGGUAUGUAUUAGCCAUUAUGGCACUUUUGGCCAUAGCCAAUGCUUAUACAAUGAGGGUAUGUUUAAACAUGGCUAUCACGCAAAUGGUCAAGAAGACGACUGCCGUUGAAGGUGACGCACAUUACGACCCAAAUGCAUGUCCGGACAAGACUGAAAUUUCUGGAGUCAGCAAUGUUACUACCGAAUUAUUACUAUCCAGAGCAGAUGAGCCCAUUUAUUUCGAAUGGAGCGAAGCCACCCAAGGUUUGCUUCUGGGCUCUUUCUACUAUGGCUACGUACUGACCCACGUUCCAGGAGGGAUGUUGGCGGAGAGAUUUGGGGGAAAAUGGGUGCUGGGUUUGGGGUUAUUUUCCACUGCCAUUUGCACCUUCAUCACACCAAUCACAGUGAGAUACGGAGGGGCUACGGCCUUGUUUAUACUUCGCGUCAUCGAAGGUUUGGGAGAGGGUCCAACCAUGCCAGGUCUGAUGGCAAUGUUGUCUCGCUGGGCGCCCAAGGCUGAGAGGGCCAGAUUCGGUGCCAUAGUGUUUGGUGGAGCACAAAUAGGCAACAUUGCUGGGUCAUACAUCUCUGGGCUGAUCAUGCAUGAUGGUAGCUGGGAAAGCGUCUUCUACUUUUUCGGAGGAAUUGGGAUCAUUUGGUGUCUUGUUUGGUCAGUAUUGUGCUACAGUACUCCUAACACUCACCCUUUCAUAUCUGAUGCUGAGAAGAAAUUCUUGAAUGAAAACGUUGAAACUCUGAUUAACAGCAAGAACAAAAAGUUGGACCCUACUCCGUGGAAAGCCGUGGUGCGCUCUGUGCCUCUUUGGGCUCUUAUUAUAGCCGCUGUUGGUCACGACUGGGGAUACUUCACUAUGGUGACAGAUCUACCAAAGUACAUGACAGACGUCCUGAAAUUCAACAUCAAGUCCACCGGUCUCCUGUCUUCUCUUCCCUAUGUAGCCAUGUGGUUCUCGUCGUUCGUGUUUGGCAUGAUUUGUGAUUUCUGCGUUAAGAGGAGCUACCACAGUAUUGCCAGUGCCAGAAAGAUUUAUACCACAAUUGCCGCCACGGGUCCAGGUAUUUGCAUCAUCAUGGCCUCCUACUCCGGUUGCGACACUACUCUCGCGGUCGUCUGGUUCGUCCUAGCUAUGACCCUCAUGGGUGCCUACUACAGCGGCAUGAAGAUCAACCCAUUGGACAUCACUCCAAACUACACUGGAACCAUCACAGCUCUUGUUAACGGAACUGCGGCUAUAUCUGCAAUCAUUUCACCAUAUCUUAUUGGUUUAUUAACGCCGCAGUCUACACUCAAACAAUGGCGGAUUGCAUUCUGGGUCAGUCUCGCCAUUCUUGUCAUCACGAAUAUCAUUUAUGUGAUAUUCGCCAAAGCUGAUCAGCAAUGGUGGGAUGACGUGAAGAAACAUGGUUAUCCAGCAAAUUGGAAACAUGGACCUUUGCCCACAAGAGCUAAGGACUCGGAAGAACAGAAACACGAAGAAAAAGUAGACACCAAAGAGAAAAACUAAUGACUGCUUAAAUGUAAUUAGGUUUAACUUAAUUUAUUCAAGGUAUUGAUAAGUUUCAAAUUAAAUUUUAUACUUAAAA